CGGCCCAUCAUGGCGGAGGGGGCCGGUGCGGGGCCGCGGCUGGCGGAGCUGCUGGCGGCGGGCCGGCGGCUGUGGGAGGAGGUGGAGAACGGCGUCGAGCCGUCCUCGGGGGCCCCGGCCGUGCAAGAUAAGGUGCGGCAGGGACUGGACGCGCUGCAGCGAGCGGCUGCCAUGGUGGCGCAGCUGGACCUGUUCAGCGAGAACGAGGAGCUGGAGGAGAUCGCCUCGGCCGACCUGAAGUACCUGCUGCUGCCUGCCUUGCUGGGGUCCAUGACACUGAAGCAGGUCGACAUGAGCAGGAGACUGGAGCAUCUGGAGAGCGCUCGGGCCCAUUUCUGGCGCUUCCUCAAGCUCUGCAGGAGCUACGGGCUGGGCAAAUUCCACCUGCCCCCCGCUACUGCCAACUGCCCAGGAGAGGAAGAUUCUGCGAGCCCGGCCCGCAGGGGCCCUGCUGCUGCCCAACCCAGCCUGGUGGCCAUGGCAAUGAGCAGGCAAGCCAAAAUCGAAAGACAUAACCAGAAGAAAGAACUGGAGAACAGGUUGGCCUCCAUGAGAAGCUGUGUGGAGAGUGGGCAGGCAGAUGAUGAUCAGAUACGGGAAUUUUACAUCCUCCAAAUCCAGAAAUGGAUCAACACCAGCCUGGAGGAAAUUGAGAGUAUUGACCAAGAAAUGGUCAUCUUGAGGAGCAGAGCCACAGCAAAGCAGUCUCCAGCACCACCACAUGGUACUGCUCGGCAAGCCAGGACUCCGCUGAAGCCUUUCAUUCUCACCAGGAACGCUGCUCAGGCUAAAGUGUUUGGAGCAGGGUACCCUGGGCUGCCCACUAUGACUGUGGACGACUGGUAUGAGCAGCGUGCCAAGCAAGGAGUUGUGUCUGCUCAGAGUGUGCCUCAGAGAACACCAGCAGGUAUAAAUGAUGAAGAGAUGCAGAAGCAGCAGCAGGAGAAAAAAGAGGAAGAGGAUGACGAGGAAGCUCUUCAAAAAGCUCGGAGCUGGGACGACUGGAAGGACACUCACCCAAGAGGCUAUGGCAACCGGCAGAACAUGGGCUGAUGCUCUUGCUGCAGGGCCUGGGAGUCCUCUAAGAGUUGCCUGUGGCCUGGAGAUAGGGCAGUAAAUACGCUGUACAUACAUGGAGGUCUCUGGGAGGCACCAGGGGCAGAGGAGUGAACAUGAGAGUUGGCUUUGGUUUACAUUAAAGGUCAGACUGAGUGCACUGGUCAUGUACAGUGAUACCACAGAGCUCCCUCCUGUCAGGCAGGGCUCUUUGUGAGGGGUCAGGCUGCCUCUGCUCUUCCAGGCAGAGGAAGGCCUUGAUAGCAAAGUACCUGAAUUUGGAAACUGCUCUUUGUAUUGUGACUGGAUGUAUUUAUUUUCUUUUUCUCUA